ACGACUUUGGCUUUGGACUGGUUUUUGAGAAACUUUUUUUUUACUGGAUUUGGUAGAACUCUGGGCUGGUGGUGGCGGCAUUCUGACACCUGAGUACGAUGAAGUGACACUCAUCAGAAAGGGCUGACAGGCUAAUGUCGCAACUGCCCUUUUCCCGAGAUAACCUUGGGACCAUAAAAGGCGGACUACCUUUCCGGACGACGGAUAGCGGCUCUGAGUGGGGACCGUUUUUGCAUGGACAAUUUGACUAACUACAAAAAUGACGUGGCCAAGAAAGUGCUGAGCGAGAACGAUAGGGUAGGACCGGAAACCAGCAGGACAGAACCGGCGAUCAAGCCGCAGAAGUCGCACGAGGGAGAAACCUCCCUUGUUACGAAACCGCGAACAGGAAAGGCGCCAACCUUUAGCGAAAUCGCUAAAGGCGCUGGGACCAUGGUACUGGGGGUGCUCGACCGUAGUAGGGAGGACGGUGCCAUCUCCCAUGAUGAAUGAAAGAGGGUAGCGGCGGCUAUUUCAUCGGCCUUCCUGAGGGUGGUCAAGGAAAACACGGGGCCACCCGCGAAAUGUGUGAUUGCCGGUUGGCACCAGGGGCUGCACAAGCUCACAAGUUGUGCUGACGAGAGAUCGGCCAUCUUAUACAAGAAGGCAGUCUUUCCGGUGAGGGAGGCUUGGAAGGGAGUCAGACUGGAGGCCGUGGUCAAAGAGGAUCUUCCUCUUCGUCAUAGGGCUCGCGUUUGGCUGCCGGCCGAACCUUUCACUCCGAGUGAGAUGGAGGAAAUCCUCAGAUAUUGUAAUCCCUCACUUCCAACGCAGGACUGGACAGUCUUAAGGCUGGAGAGAACCGAUGAACCGUAUCGGCAAGCGCUGAUAAUACUAAACACGGAAUCCAUCGGUCCUCUCAGCAAAACAAAGGGAGCCAUAAGCUAUGGUUUUGAGAUGAUAGUGCUGAAAGUACUUCCAUCGGAUGCCAGAGCUGAUGGCCCCCAAGCUGCGGUGGAUAUAGCAAAGGUUACCGACGGUCAAACGACCGUGGAAAUCGAUGCGACAGAGGGCGCCGACGAUCAAAUUACCGUGGAAGUCGAUCCGAAUCUCUCGGAUGUGGCGAGUGUUGGGGGCGGUGCGUCGAUUGGCGACUCCGUCUUCAGCCUCGAACAACUGUUUGAGGAGGUUCGGGUCGAUCACGACUUGGGCGCUGAAAUAGCGCUCCUGGAGGAAAGUCUGAAGGAUGAAAUUCCUCCUGAUUAACCUCCAGCAUGCGAAAGCGGCCUCCGCCAAUCUGUUGCUCCUUCUGGAACAAGACGAAGAUGAUGGCGUCCUGAUCCAGGAACCGUGGCUGACUGGUAACGGGAUCGCUGGAUUGAGGGCAAAGAGCCGUAGGCUACUGACGGUCAAGGAUGCAGGUAGGAACAGAGCCUGUAUGC